CACCCCCACAUCGCAUGUUGACGGCGCGUCGCAACGCUCCUUCCUCUUCCAGUUGCAUUGUUUAUCCUUCAAUACACGGUUGACAUAUCACCAACCUCGCUAGACAUAAUAGCACGACCGCCUAAAGUCCGCAGCACCUCCGGUCUCCGCAAUGGCCAGCGCGCGUCGAAUCUCAGGGUUCCCCACGCGUACACCGGGCAGCAACGACCGCCCGAGCAGCCGAGACACAAAUAAGGAGGAGAUAUGGAAGCCUAUGCUGGACAGUAUCUCGAGCGGCAAGAAGAUGCCAGAGAAGAGCUUGCUUGUACUAGGUGGAACACCAGAGACACAACGAGAGUUCCUCGAGUCGGUAUCAACAGAUGGGCCGAAUGGAAGAAGACAGCAAGAGCGGGGGAAGAAGCCACCAAUCGCGAAUCAGUUUGCGUUGGGUUACACAUACCAGGACGUACUCGAUACAGAUCAUGAAGACACCCUCGCUCGUCUUUCGCUUUACCUCUUAGCCAGCCCUUCGCCGUCAUUCACACCUCUCAUUCAGCCCUACCUGAACCCUCGGACGAUCCCAAACAUGCUCGUUGUUAUAUUGCUAGACUGGAACCAUCCCUGGUUAUGGAUACGGCAGCUGCGAGACUGGAUAAGAGUGUUACGAGCCCUCAUGCUGUCACUUGACGAUGCCUCGAAGGAUGCACUCGAGGAGAAUACAGCGAUACUGCAGGCUAAAGGGCGCCAUUUGGGUGGGGAGGGAAGCACAUCGAUGGAGGACGUAAAAGUACCGCUGGGGAAAGGCGAAUGGGACGAGACACUGGGAUUACCACUCUGCGUCGUGUGUCAGAACGCUGACAAGAUCGAAUCCUUGGAAAAGGAGCGUGGAUGGAAAGAAGCAGAGUUUGACUUCAUCCUGCAGUAUCUGCGCACGAUCUUGCUAAAGCAUGGUGGUAGCAUGAUUUACACGAUGCCUUCGGCGCCGGGCUCGCUGCAGACGCUCGUUCACUCGACACUAGGCAUCAAGUCACUCCUCAAACAAGACCAGCUCAGACACAACGUCACAGAUCGAGAUCGAGUAUUGGUACCGCCGAAUUGGGACUCAUGGGCAAAGAUCCGCAUCUUGGGAGGCAACUUCGAAGUGGAAGAAAUCAGCGAAAAAUGGAGCAUCGACAUUGAUGUGCCUCGAGAGCGAGCCCAAAGCAAUGGCGAACAAGCAGACGCUGAAAAAAUGGAGAGUGCAGGGGGCUUGAUGACACCAAUCAGUCAGCACGACGAUGACGAUGCCGAUUCAGCAACUGCAAUCUACGAGAAGGAGAUCAGGGACCCGGAAUCCGACUUCCCAGUCUCUGCACUAUCGAAACAGGCCAAUGGUAUUGAGGUCUCGAGCACAGAUCCCCAAGUAUUCCUCACAGAGCAGGCUCACAUGCUCGAACAAUUCCACAGGGAAGACGAGAAGGAAGCCGCUGCCAAGACAGCGCGCAAAGAGGCAGACCCUGCGGCAAGAAACUGGCUGCCAGCAGGUACGAGCAGCGAGAUCGAUUCUGGCGUCGUUGAAGAGCAUAUUGGACCUGUUCAAUUCAACAUGGGUGGCAUUCAAGUGAAUGCUGAUGAGAUGGUAAAGAGGCUGCAAGACCGCGAGGCGAGUCGCUCCAGCGAGCCUAAAGCAACAACGCCAGACGCAACGGAUCCAAAUGCCAUGAGCAACGACAAGCUGAUGUCAUUCUUCUCUGGUCUCAUCAAUAAGGGCGCGAGCAGCCCUGCGAGAGGCACAUAGAUGACAUUAUCAUCUCUCGUCAUUAGUUCUUGUUUUGUUGCACGGUAGGGAUCUCUUGUCUACAUGGUUAUAUACCCACAGCGUAGUCUGCCUUGCAAUUGCACCUGUCACAGUCCCUUGCAUUUGCCUGCCAUCGCUGCGCGAGGGCGCCGCUGCGAAGCAGUGCCCGGAGGGUUCACGAUGAAUGUGAGGCAAGCGUGAUAAUCAACAUACACCACAUAACCGUUCUUGAUGAUUUCGUGGAAG